CGGCGUCGCUCAGCUUCCCGGCGGGCCGUGCGGCAGAGUAUUUUACGGUUUCUGGGUUUGGUGGGAUCCCUCCUUCUCUUUGCGGUUCGUGGAAAAACGAAAGUUCCCUUCGGGCUGCAGGGGAAAGAUCCAGACGGGUGUGAACGUCUUCAGAGGUCUUCUGACUCUCUGCUACCAAAGAUGUGUAGCUCUUCAGCGAAAUGACUCUUCAGGAAUUGGUACAUCAGGCUGCUUCCCUUUAUUCGGACGAAAUAGCUGUGUGCUUCGAUGAAUGUAACAACCAACCUCCAGUUUAUUGCACCUACAAGACUCUGGUUAAUGAUGCUUCAGAAUUAUCAGGUUUUUUGCAAUUACACUGUGAUUUUCAAGGAAUUCAGGAGAUUGGUCUCUACUGCCAUCCUGGGAUAAAUUUACCCUCUUGGAUUUUAGGAAUUCUCCAAGUCCCUGCUGCUUAUGCUCCUAUUGACCCAGAUUCACCACCAGCAUUAUCAGCUUAUUUUAUGAAAAAAUGUAAUCUGAAGUAUAUCCUUGUUGAAAAAAAACAAGUUGAUAAGUUCAAAUCUUCCCAUGAUGCGUUAUUGAACUACAAUACGUUUACAGUAGAACAUAAUGACCUAGUACUCUUCAGACUUCACUGGAGGAAUGUGGAAGUGAAUUUGAUGCUAAGUGAUGGAAAAGAGAAAUAUGAAAAAGAAAAAAUGAAAAACAGCAAGAGUUCUGGAAACAGUGAAGGAAACUCAGAAGAAUACAUAGAUGUGAGGCUAAAGCAUUGCUUAGCUUAUGUUCUGCACACAUCAGGGACUACAGGGAUACCUAAGAUUGUUAGAGUGCCUCAUGUGUGUAUAGUACCAAAUAUCCAGCAUUUUCGGACGCUUUUUGAGAUCACACAAGAAGAUGUUUUGUUUCUGGCUUCACCUCUGACCUUUGAUCCUUCUGUUGUGGAAAUAUUUGUUGCUCUGUCAAGUGGUGCCUCUCUGCUUGUUGUACCAACUUCUGUCAGAGUGCUCCCAUCAAAAUUAGCUGCUGUUCUCUUUUCUCAUCACAGAGUGACUGUUUUGCAGUGUAGUUGUUUCGAAGGCCGAAUUCUGGGUGCCACGUCCAAGGGAAGGCUUUCUGUCUCUUUUCUCUUGGGGAAGGUCCUUGUCAUCAAUCUUUCCCAGUCGAGGAGCUUCUCAGCGCAGAGACCCUGGGUCCAAAGGACGUGCUAUUCUUCUGGCUCUUGUUUCUUGGCGGCAACACCCACAUUGCUUAAAAGAUUUGGUUCUCAUCUUAUCAAGUCAACUGUUUUAUCAGCCAGUACUUCUCUUCGAGUGUUAGCCCUUGGUGGCGAAGCAUUUCCAUCAUUGACUGUUCUCAAAAACUGGAGAGGAGAAGGCAAUAAAACACAAAUAUUUAAUAUCUAUGGUAUCACAGAGGUGUCAAGUUGGGCAACGUUUUACAGGAUUCCACAGGAGAUUCUUAACUCUACUUUAAAAUGUGAAUUGCCUGUACAACUGGGAUUUCCACUGCUUGGAACAGUAGUUGAAGUCAGAGACACUAAUGGUUUCACAGUUCAAGAAGGCAAUGGCCAAGUAUUUUUAGGUGGCAGAAACCGAGUGUGUUUUCUUGAUGAUGAAAUGACAGUACCACUCGGCACAAUGCGAGCCACAGGAGACUUUGUGACUGUGAAAGACGGAGAGAUAUUUUUCUUGGGACGAAAGGACAGUCAGAUCAAACGUCAUGGCAAACGUCUUAAUAUUGAGCUUGUGCAACAGGUUGCUGAAGAACUUCAGCAAGUGGAGUCCUGUGCAGUUACAUGGUAUAAUCAGGAAAAAUUAAUUCUGUUCAUAGUGUCCCAAGAAGAUUUAGUAAAGGAUUACAUCUUUAAAGAACUUCAGAAACAUCUUCCAAGUCAUGCAAUCCCAGAUGAGCUUGUAUUGAUUGACGCUCUACCGUUUACAUCUCAUGGCAAAAUUGAUGUUUUAGAGUUAAACAAGAUUUAUUUAAACUACAUGAAUUUGAAGUCUGAUUGUAAGCUAAAUGGAAAAGAACAACUUUGGGAGAAAUUACAGCAUUUGUGGAAGUCUAUUCUGAGUCUUCCAGAAGACCCUUUGACUAUUCCUGAAGAAUCAUUGUUCUUACCUAGCGGUGGAGAUUCCUUAAAGUCCAUACGGCUCCUCAAUGAGGUUGAGAGUCUGGUUGGCGUAUCAGUACCUGGGCUUCUGGAAAUUAUUCUCAGCAGUUCCAUUUUAGAGAUUUACAAUCACAUCCUUCAAACAGUGUUUCCAGAUGAAGACCUACCGUUCAGCAAGAGUUAUGGCAUAAAAAGAAAAUUCAGCGACAUUAGCCAAGAGGAAACCAGUGGAAAAUCUUUACAUCAGAAAUCUGUCAUGCCUUUAAAUUGUGACAACGUAACAAGUGCUUUUAUUGCCCUGAACAGAGGGAGUCAGAUUUUGUCUCUGAAUACUACUGGAUUUUUAACUAAGCCAGGACAUUGCCCUUCAGCCUGUUCUUCUGAUUUAAUUUCACAGAAUAAUAUUCAGAAUGUGAAAAGCGUAAAUCCCCCACCUAUUACUGAGAAGCCAGAGAAGCCAUCCUGUGUUGCAAAAGUUUCUGAAGAGGAGAAACCUGUAUUAGGGGCUGAGAAGCUGGAGUUACGAGUGAGGUGGAGGUCAGACACAGGCAAAUGUGUAGAUGCUUCACCCCUGGUUAUAGUACCAGCUAUUGAUAAGUCAUCUGCGACUGUGUACAUUGGCUCCCAUUCUCAUAGAAUGAAGGCAGUUGACCUUUAUUCUGGGAAGGUGAAAUGGGAACAGAUUUUGGGAGAUCGAAUUGAAUCCUCAGCAUGUGUUUCUAAUUGUGGAAACUUUAUUGUAGUGGGCUGUUAUAAUGGGUUAGUUUAUGUUCUGAGAAGUAAUAGUGGAGAAAAACACUGGGUAUUUGCCACUCAGGAUGCCGUUAAAAGCUCUGCAACCAUGGACCCAACCACAGGACUCCUUUACAUCGGUUCUCAUGACCAGCAUGCAUAUGGUUUGGAUAUUUAUAAAAAGAUAUGUGUUUGGAAGUUAAAAUGUGGAGGAACUGUUUUUUCUUCCCCGUGUUUGAGCCUGACUCCACAUCACUUAUAUUUUGCUACACUGGGAGGACUUUUACUGGCAGUAAAUCCGGCCACUGGGGAUCAAGUUUGGAAACAUUUCUGUGGAAAACCCCUCUUCUCUUCCCCACGGUGUUGCCUGCAGUAUAUUUGUAUUGGCUGUGUAGAUGGGAAUUUGCUCUGCUUUACUCAUUUUGGAGACCAGGUUUGGCAAUUCUCUACCAAUGGACCAAUCUUUUCAUCCCCAUGUACCUCAGUAUCAGAGCAAGAGAUAUUUUUUGGUUCCCACGAUUGCUUUGUCUACUGUUGUAACAUGAAAGGACACCUCCAAUGGAAAUUUGAAGCUACUUCAAGGGUAUAUGCAACACCAUUUGCUUUCCAGAACCACAACUGUAGUGAUGAAACAUUGUUGGCAGCAGCAUCUACUGAUGGGAAACUGUGGAUCUUGGAAUCAAAGAGUGGACAAUUGCAAAGUGUGUAUGAACUUCCUGGAGAAGUCUUCUCUUCUCCUGUGGUCUGGGAAUCAGUACUUAUUAUUGGGUGUAGAAAUAAUUAUGUUUAUUGUCUGGAUUUAUUGGGUGGCAAUAAAAAAUAAUCAGGUGUAGUCCUUACAUAUAUCUGAAAUGUUUGAAAAUAUUAUUUAUUUUAUAAUUUUAGAGCUAUGUAGAUAGUCUUAUUUUAUAUUAAAGAUUUUAUUUUUGUUAAGAAAUGUUGAUUGGAGAACAACCAUAUUUUACUUCCUCUAGGAGCCACAAAAGCUGUUAAGAGGAGUUAUUUAGAGAACUAAAUACAUCAAUAUAUUUAGUAGCAUUUUUUUAAAUUAGGCUACAGAUAUUCUAAUUUCCUAACUGAAAGAGAGAAAUAGACAGUCAUCAAAUGUUCUUUUAAAAGAUCCUUCUAAAAUUGAUGCAGAAAAGGUAUUUGACAAAGUUCAACACCUUUUCAUGAUAAAAACUCUCAGCAAAAUAGGAAUAGAAGGAAAAUUCCUCAGCAUAAUAAAGGGCACUUAUACAAAGCCAACAGCCAACAUCAUCCUAAAUGGAGAGAGUCUGAAAGCAUUCCCCUUGAGAUUGGGAACAAACAAGGAUGCCCCUUAUCACCACUCUUAUUCAACAUUGUGCUGGAGGUCCUAUUCAGAGCAGUUAGGCUAGAUAAAGAAAUAAAGGGCAUCCAGAUUGGUAAGGAAGAAUUCAAAGUAUCUCUAUUUGCAGAUGAUAUGACCUUAUACACAGAAAACCUUCAAGAAAACUACUGGAACUAAUAGAAGAGUUCGGCAGAAUAUCAGGAUUCAAGAUAAACAUACAAAAAUCAAUUAGAUUCCUCUACACCAACAAAAAGAACGUUGAAGAGGAAAUCGCCAAAUCAAUGCCAUUUAUAGUAGCCCCCAAGAAGAUAAAAUACUUAGGAAUAAAUCUUACUGGAGAUGUAAAAGACCUAUACAAAGGAAACUACAAGACGCUACUUCAGGAAACCAAGAGAGACCUACGUAAGUAGAAAAACAUACCUUGCUUAUGGAUAGGAAGACUUAACAUUAUAAAAAUGUCUAUUCUACCAAAAGUGAUCUAUACGUACAAUGCAAUUCCGAUCCAAAUUCCAAUAACAAUUUUUAAUAAGGUGGAGAAACAAACCAGCAACUUCAUAUGGAAGGGAAAGAGGCCCUGGAUAAGUAAAGCGUCACUGAAAAAGAAGAGCAAAGUGGGAGGCUUCACUCUUCCUGAUUUUAGAACCUAUUAUACCUCCACAGUAGUCAAAACAGCCUGGUACUGGUACCACAGAUACAUAGACCAAUGGAACAGAAUCAAGAAUCCAGACAUAAAUCCAUCCACAUACGAGCAGCUGAUAUUUGACAAAGGCCCAAAGUCAGUUAAUGGGGAAAAGACAGUCUGUUUAACAAAUGGUGCUGGCAUAACUGGAUAUCCAUCUACAAAAAAAUGAAACAAGACCCAUACCUCACUCAUUGUACAAAAACUAAUUCAAAAUGGGUCAAAGACCUAAAUAUAAAAUCUAAAACGAUAAAGAUUAUGGAAAAAGAAAAAUAGGGACAAUGCUAGGAGCCCUAAUACAUGGCAUAAACAGUAUACAAAACAUUACUAACAAUGCAGAAGAGAAACUAGAUAACUGGGAGCUCCUAAAAAUCAAACAUCUAUGCUCAUCCAAAGACUUCACUAAAAGAGUGAAAAGAUUAGCUGCAAACUGGGAAAAAGUUUUUAGCUAUGACAUUUCUGAUCAGCAUCUGAUCUCUAAAAUCUACAUAAUACUGCAAAAACUCAACUACAGAAAGACAACCCAAUUAAAAAAUGGGCAAAGGAUAUGAAUAGGCACUUCACUAAAGAAGACAUUCAGGUAGCUAACAGAUACAUGAGGAAAUGCUCACGAUCAUUAGCCAUUAGAGAGAUGCAAAUCAAAACUACAAUGAGAUUCCAUCUCCAACAAGGCUGGCAUUAAUCCAGAAAACACAAAAUAAUAAAUGUUGGAGAGGUUAUGGAGAGACUGGAGCACUUAUACAGUGCUGGUGGGAAUGUAAAAUGGUACAACCACUUUGGAAAUUGAUUGGUACUUUCUUAAAAACUAGAAAUAGAACUACCGUACGAUCCAGCAAUCCCACUCCUUGAAAUAUAUACUAGAGAAAUGAGAGGCUUUAUACAAAUACAUGCACACCCAUGUUCGUUGCAGCAGUAUUUACAAUAGUAAAAAGAUGGAAGCAACCAAGGUGCCCAUCAAUGGAUGAAUGGAUAAAUAAAUUAUGGUAUAUUCACACAAUGGAAUACUACGCGUUGAUAAUGAACAGCGGUGAAUCGGUGAAACAUUCAUAACAUGGAGAAAUCUGGAAGGCCUUAUGCUGAGUGAAAUUAGUCAUUUGCAAAAGGACAAAUAUGAGACCACUAUUAUAAAAACUCGAGAAAUAGU